UGCCUCCAGCAUCCGCCUGAUUGCUCGCUCCUCAUUCCGUGGUGCUACCCACUGCGGAGGAUUUUCCAUGAUGACGGCGCUUAAAGGGAGGGAAGUUCCAGUUCCCCGCUGGGCACAGCUUUUCCUCAUUUCCGGUUCCGGUGCGAUGCUCCCGCGGCAACCCUUCUAUCGUCCCUUGCGGCAGUUGCCACUUGCUCUACAUCUGCUGACACAUUUCCCGGGCAUGCGCUUCUUGGGCACGAAGUACUCGGCGCAAAGCCAAAGUGAAGCCUCUUCGGCGCUUGUGCUCAUCUGCUUCGCUCCGGUCAAAGAGACCUCCUCCCUGGGUGAUUCCAAGGCCGUCGUAUCAAUAAACGGCAAGUUGCACCACGGCGUGCCAUUGACGAUGGUCAACAUUUCGCCGCUUCUCAACCGCACCGUAGUGAACACGCUUAGCGUUGGCAACAAGCACAUCCCAAUGAUGGUAGCAGUGCUUGUCGUCGUAGCUGCGAGGGUAGCCGAGGACGAGAUGCUGUGCUCGCUGGACGAGAACGCACCGUACGCCAUCAGACGGGAGGACACGGCAGCGCUUGUGAAGGCCUGCUUCGCCGAUGCCGGCGAGACGAUUGUGGAUAACUUGCAGUUGUCCCUGGUCUGCCCGCUAGCCAAGAGGAAGAUUCGGGUCCCAUGCCGCGGUGCCCGCUGCCGGCACGUGCAGUGCUUCGAUGCCUACGCCUACCUGGCCCUAAAUGAAGGCACACUGUAUCCGUCCUGGAGCUGCCCCGUCUGCAACGGCCAGGUGCACCUCGAGGACAUGCGCGUGGACCUGUUCACCCUGGACGUGCUCCGCGAGGUUGACGAACAGUGCGGUGCUAUGACCCUUCAACCCGAUGGCAGCUGGGUGCCGGUGACAGACUGCGACGACCAUAGCUUCAUCACGAUUGAAGACAGUCUCGUCGAGGAGACCAAAGGGGCGCUACGCGAUAUAUCCCUCAUUGACUUGACGCUCGAUUCGGACUAGAGCCACAGACUGACGCUGGCUUGGUUAUCUCACCGACCAGUACGUGUCAGAUAGUGGCAUGAUUUCGUCUUCUGCUCAUGGGUCCGCCGGCAAGAAAACGAAACGAUGUGCCAGAAGUGGAAAUCAAGGCGCCUCCAUUUUCGCUAAUAAUUUUGACUUGUUUAGUUGCGCCACCUGUCUGUAAGUGGCUAUGAAAAUUACAAGCGGUCAGAGACCGCGAAAAAUCAUGCAGCUUCGUGAACGGACGCGACACGAGCUGGAACCAGCAACUAUCUGCUUUCAUGAGUAAUAUUACCUAGACUUAGAAUGUUUUACAUAAUGUAUACGAUCUUGUACUUUUAGUGUAUUUAGGUUUUUAUCAAUUUGUAUUUUUAUAUAACGGGAAAAUAUAUCCGCGCUCUAAAACCAGACAAUUUCCUCCAUCAGUCUUUAUGGGCUCCUGAUUUACUUCAGAUUAUCUGGCAACCCGACUAAGUUUUUCUUACUCUUUUUCUUUUGUAAAAUUUUGUUACUGUUCAGGGUUAACAAUUUCAGGUACUUAAGAGCCAGAUGUUAUGACCGCAGUUUUCCUUCUCCACGGUCUCCUCUCCAUCGCCACCGGUUUCCAUCACGAGCCCUGGAAGCUGUCUUUACGCCCUGCCAGUAAUAGCACAAGUCCACCCUGCAUGGUACUCUUAAACGAAACACCGAACCAAUAUUUUAGCAGACAUAAAACCUCAGUUUUGAUUC